AUGGCCAGACAAGAUGCCCCCCUCUUCCUCCAUGGCUUUGACCUGGGUGGCCACUUUGUUGACCUCCGGCCUCUUGGCAUGGGCGUCACAGGCUUGGUCCUCUCAGCUCUGGACCAGCGCACUGGACAGCGGGUGGCAAUUAAAAAACUGGUGAUGCGUGAUGCCGUGACAGUGAAACACGCCCUGCGGGAGGUCAAAAUCACUCGGCGGCUGCACCAUGAAAACGUGGUGAGGGUUCACGAGGUUUUGGCGCCAUAUGGACGACCACUGCCCAGAGACCCAACCCAGCUGAGUGCCCUGUACAUCGUCCAGGAGUGCAUGGAGACCGAUCUGGCACGGCUGCUGGAACAAGGACCACUACACACAGGUCACGCUACUCUGCUGUUCUACCAGCUGCUGAGGGGACUGAAGUUCAUCCACUCUGCUAAUGUCCUACACAGAGAUCUGAAGCCUGCCAACAUAUUCAUCAACACAGACCAACUUUUGCUCAAGAUUGGAGACUUCGGGCUGGCCAGGAUAGUCGACCCUCACUAUUCUCAUAAGGGCUAUCUGUCAGAGGGUCUCGUAACUAAGUGGUAUUGCUCCCCCCGUCUGCUCCUGUCCCCCAACAACUAUACCAAGGCCAUAGACAUGUGGGCUGCUGGCUGCAUACUGGCUGAGAUGCUCACUGGACGCAUGCUGUUUGCAGGAGCUCAUGAGCUGGAGCAGAUGCAGCUGAUCCUCGACACCGUGCCAGUGCUGAGAGAGGAGGACAGGCAGGACCUGCUACAGGUGAUGCCUUCAUACGUCAGUCAUGGAUGGAGAGUCAAAAAACCCUUUUCUGAAUUGCUGCCUGAAAUGGAUGUUCAAGCCGUGGACUUCCUCGAGCGCAUCUUGACCUUUAACCCCAUGGAUCGGCUGACGGCUGAAGCAGCACUGUCCCAUCCCUUCCUCCAGCAGUACUCCUGUCCAGAGGACGAGCCCACCUCGUUGCAUCCCUUCCGCAUCGAGGACGAGCUGGAGGACAGCCUCAUCACCGAGCAGAGCCUCAGCAACAGCAACAGUCAGGCCUCCAGCAUCCACUGGGAGAGGUACGAGAACAGUUUAUCAACAGAUGUGUCGUGGCAGCAGUCGGGCGGGAGGUGUCGCUGCAUGCCCCCCGGCCACAUCACCUCUGACCUGGGAGACACCACAGAGGACGAGGAGGUGCAGAGGGACCCCCGGGCCAGUUCCACCUCACUGUUAGAAGAGGCCCAGGUCGACCCACGCAAAUAUUCCCACAGCAGCUCAGCUGAACGCUUCCUGGAAAACUCUCACUCCUCUCUGGAGCGGGUCUGUGGUUUGGGGUAUGGGGAACUGGACUGUGGUCGCUCCUGUGACUACAAAGUGGGCUCCCCUUCAUAUCUGGAUAAAAUUGCCUGGAGGGAGGGCAAGCCUCAACACUACUCAGAGCCCAAGCUGAUCCUGGAUCUGUCUCAUUGGAAGCGUAACACGAGCAGCCUCCCUGUGCCUGCUGAGCCUAUUGGCGGCAGCGUGGAGGACCUGGGAGAGAUGAAGGAGGAGGAAGCAGAAGAGGAGGAGACGGGGGAUUUAUUCCAGGAGAUCUCUCGCUGGGUGGAGAGCACACAGUCUCGUCUGCAUUCGCCCAGUCUCAGUCCUUCUUUGGAGCCACAUUCGCCCUCCUGCUACACCUCCUCGCCCCCUCUCCCUCUCUCCCCGACUGACCUCCCAACUCCAGUCUUCCACUACACGGAAGUUGUACGACAACCGUCAGCCGACUAUGACGAAGACAGACUCAGCCCACUUCCUCCUGUCACUUCUUCCUCCAAUUCCAUACCCUCACUUCUCCCCUCAUCUCCCACCUCCCCACUUCCUCCUCAGUCCCCUCAAACAGCAUCUCCCCCCACAUCGCCGCUUUUUCCUCCCCGAGUAUCUCAACCUCUUUCCUCUACUUCCUCCAUUUCCCAGCCAGUAAAUGAUGACUCCUUGGGGUCACUUCCUGUCAAGCAGAAGGAGCGACUCUUCGACCUGGACGUCUUCAUAUCCAGAGCGCUGAAGCUGUGCAGGCAGAACAAGGAGAAAGCUGAUGGGAAAAAAGGAAAAGAGGGAGGAUGGAGGGAAGAAAGCAAACAGCCAAACAUUAACAAAAUGGUGCCCAGGCUUCCAGGGCACAGAACUCCACCACCACAGACUCCCAACUCAUGA